AGGUGAAAGGGGGAGGAGCUCCCUAAUCAGAUGGAACAGUGAUCUGUGCUGCAGUACCCGUUACAUCAUCGGGUGAAAGGGGGAGGAGCUCCCUAAUCAGAUGGAACAGUGACCUGUGCUGCUUUGUGAUUUUGUCAACAAGCCAGCGUGGUGCAUCGUCCACAAACCUACAUCUAUUUUCAAUUCAAAUAAAUGUUAUAAUGUUCUACCUGGUUUUCAUUGGGAAGGCAGAUAAAGCUAGUUGCUACCACUUGUGCGUUUCGAAACACAGAUUCCUACUCAUUACUCCACUUCCAUUUGGAAACAGAAUCCUACUCAUUACUCCACUUCCAUUUGGAAACAGAAUCCUACUCAUUACUCCACUUCCAUUUGGAAACAGAAUCCUACUCAUUACUCCACUUGCAUUUGGAAACACAGUAUCCUACUCAUUACUCCACUUGCAUUUGGAAACAGAAUCCUACUCAUUCACUUGUAUUUGGAAACAGAGAAUCCUACUCAUUACUCCACUUGCUCCUACAUCACUUCAACUUUGUUUUGAGCUGACUUUGCCGUGGGCUUUUGGUGCUUUCAAGACAACUGGGAUCUUGGAAAAAUACAAGGUCAAUUAAUGACUUCAGUGAUCUUCAGGUCAGAAAGUUGGAGCUCUGGAAAGAGGCCCGAGUUCCCGAGUUGAAAUAGACAGACCGUUACAGUGUGAUGUUAUUAUAGAAGACUAGACAGACCAUUACAGUGUGAUGUUGUUAUAGAAGACUAGACAGACCAUUACAGUGUGAUGUUAUUAUAGAAGACUAGACAGACCGUUACAGUGUGAUGUUAUUAUAGAAGACUAGACAGACCAUUACAGUGUGAUGUUGUUAUAGAAGACUAGACAGACCAUUACAGUCUGAUGUUAUUAUAGAAGACUAGACAGACCGUUACAGUGUGAUGUUAUUAUAGAAGACUAGAGAGACCAUUACAGUGUGAUGUUGUUAUAGAAGACUAGACAGACCAUUACAGUGUGAUGUUAUUAUAGAAGACUAGACAGACCAUUACAGUGUGAUGUUAUUAUAGAAGACUAGACAGACCGUUACAGUCUGAUGUUAUUAUAGAAGACUAGACAGACCAUUACAGUGUGAUGUUAUUAUAGAAGACAGACCAUUACAGUCUGAUGUUGUUAUAGAAGACUAGACAGACCAUUACAGUGUGAUGUUAUUAUAGAAGACUAGACAGACCAUUACAGUGUGAUGUUAUUAUAGAAGACAGACCAUUACAGUGUGAUGUUAUUAUAGAAGACUAGACAGACCGUUACAGUGUGAUGUUAUUAUAGAAGACUAGACAGACCGUUACAGUGUGAUGUUAUUAUAGAAGACUAGACAGACCGUUACAGUGUGACGUUAUUAUAGAAGACAGACCAUUACAGUCUGAUGUUAUUAUAGAAGACUAGACAGACCAUUACAGUGUGAUGUUAUUAUAGAAGACUAGACAGACCAUUACAGUGUGAUGUUAUUAUAGAAGACUAGACAGACCGUUACAGUGUGAUGUUAUUAUAGAAGACUAGACAGACCAUUACAGUCUGAUGUUAUUAUAGAAGACUAGACAGACCGUUACAGUGUGAUGUUAUUAUAGAAGACUAGACAGACCAUUACAGUGUGAUGUUAUUAUAGAAGACUAGACAGACCAUUACAGUGUGAUGUUAUUAUAGAAGACUAGACAGACCGUUACAGUGUGAUGUUAUUAUAGAAGACUAGACAGACCAUUACAGUGUGAUGUUAUUAUAGAAGACUAGACAGACCAUUACAGUGUGAUGUUAUUAUAGAAGACUAGACAGACCGUUACAGUGUGAUGUUAUUAUAGAAGACUAGACAGACCAUUACAGUGUGAUGUUAUUAUAGAAGACUAGACAGACCAUUACAGUCUGAUGUUGUUAUAGAAGACUAGACAGACCAUUACAGUGUGAUGUUAUUAUAGAAGACUAGACAGACCAUUACAGUGUGAUGUUAUUAUAGAAGACUAGACAGACCGUUACAGUGUGAUGUUAUUAUAGAAGACUAGACAGACCAUUACAGUGUGAUGUUAUUAUAGAAGACUAGACAGACCAUUACAGUGUGAUGUUAUUAUAGAAGACUAGACAGACAGUUACAGUGUGAUGUUAUUAUAGAAGACUAGACAGACCAUUACAGUGUGAUGUUAUUAUAGAAGACUAGACAGACCGUUACAGUGUGAUGUUAUUAUAGAAGACUAGACAGACCAUUACAGUGUGAUGUUAUUAUAGAAGACUAGACAGACCGUUACAGUGUGAUGUUAUUAUAGAAGACUAGACAGACCAUUACAGUGUGAUGUUAUUAUAGAAGACUAGACAGACCAUUACAGUGUGAUGUUAUUAUAGAAGACUAGACAGACCAUUACAGUGUGAUGUUAUUAUAGAAGACUAGACAGACCAUUACAGUGUGAUGUUAUUAUAGAAGACUAGACAGACCAUUACAGUGUGAUGUUAUUAUAGAAGACUAGACAGACCAUUACAGUGUGAUGUUAUUAUAGAAGACUAGACAGACCAUUACAGUGUGAUGUUAUUAUAGAAGACUAGACAGACCGUUACAGUGUGAUGUUAUUAUAGAAGACUAGACAGACCAUUACAGUGUGAUGUUAUUAUAGAAGACUAGACAGACCGUUACAGUGUGAUGUUAUUAUAGAAGACUAGACAGACCGUUAGUCUUGGGCGCCGUUGACGUGGAUGUCGAUUAAGGCAGCUCCCCGCACCUCUCUGAUUGAGGGGUUGGGUUAAAUGCAGAAGACACAUUUCAGUUGAAUGCAUUAGGUGUACAACUGACUAGGUAUCCCCCUUUACAACUGACUAGGUAUCCCCCUUUGCCCACUGUGAUGUGUAACAGACAGACAUACAGACAGAGUGCAAAACACGCCUACACGGGCCCCCCUACACGGGCCCCCUAGCGAAGGGCCUCAAUGCAAUCCAAUUUCACCCGAUGUAAACUCCUCCCAGUGGUGUAACCCGGGCCAGAUAAACGAAACCCCUUAUUGUCACUACCUCACCAGUCUGUUCCGAGUCGCCCCUAACCUCCUCUCCUCCUCCUCUCCCCUCCUGCACGUCUGGUUGAAGAGAGUGGCUUCCUUGUUUGGGGGUGGGCCAUAGUCCGUGCAUCCAGCCUUCAACCGAUCGGAGAGGUGUUUUCCCCUGUACAGCGGAGAGAGAGAGGAACUACACGGCCAGGCGGAUAACGUUACUCACUCUGUCUGAGAAUGUACUAGUCUGAAGAAAUGGCAUGCGGAUACACUUUAAAACAAAUGACUUUAACUUGGUAGCAAUAUGGAUUAUGUCGUACUCAAGGGAAUGUGAACGGGCACCGGAGACAGACUCAGGCUGGAAGUUUUGAAGGGCCGAUCACGGCGCCUCUUCCCCGGUCCGGUGUUAUUACCGGGGUCCCAUUUUCCCGGGUAGCCCCAUGCAAAACAUAACGGCACCCGGCAGCCCCAACAACAACUCUGAUGUCAUUUGCUCCUGUAACUGUACCGGUCCCCAGCCGGAGGGAAUGGAGAUAUCUGUCCUGGAGUCUGCUCAGAUCCUCCAACCUGUUGUCUUUCUCUCCGUGUCUCUCCUCUCUGUCCUCCAGCUGUCCUGGAGUCUGCUCAGAUCCUCCAACCUGUUGUCUUUCUCUCCGUGUCUCUCCUCUCUGUCCUCCAGCUGUCCUGGAGUCUGCUCAGAUCCUCCAACCUGUUGUCUUUCUCUCCGUGUCUCUCCUCUCUGUCCUCCAGCUGUCCUGGAGUCUGCUCAGAUCCUCCAACCUGUUGUCUUUCUCUCCGUGUCUCUCCUCUCUGUCCUCCAGCUGUCCUGGAGUCUGCUCAGAUCCUCCAACAUGUUGUCUUUCUCUCCGUGUCUCUCCUCUCUGUCCUCCAGCUGUCCUGGAGUCUGCUCAGAUCCUCAUCAUCCUGGUCCUGAUGACUGUAAUGCUGCUGGUGAUUGGCUGUCUGUUGAACCACUACAAGCUGUCUGCCUGCUCCUUUACGACCAGACAGAGCCAGGCCCGGAGGCAAGCACAACACCUACAGCAGGACGUAUGUCUCUGGCCGCCGGAGAGCGGCUCUCGACAAGGUGCCUCCGAGGUGGUGUAUGUGCCCCAGGCCAGUGAGAGGUUCACAGCCCCCUCCUUUAUGUACCGGGAUCGUUUCAGUCGCUUCCAGCCCACCUACCCCUACCUGACCCACGACAUCCACCUUCCCCCCACCAUCUCCCUGUCUGACGGAGAGGAGCCCCCGCCCUACCAGGGCCCCUGCACCUUACAGCUGAGGGACCCAGAGCAGCAGUUGGAGUUAAACAGGGAGUCGGUCAGGGCCCCCCCCAAUAGAACCAUCUUCCACAGUGAAGUGAUAGACAUGCACAGUGGAGGGGGGGGAGGGCCGAGACCACCCAGCAGUAACUCUGGUAUCAGCGUAGCCAAUAGCAGCAGCCACGGACACAUGGAACGCCCGCCUCCGGCAUAUUACGAGGUGAUUGGUCACUUUUUUCACCACCCGCACAGCAGUAACCCUCUCAGGACCUGGACCGGGAGUGGGACCAGCCAGCAGGGCCAAUCAGAAAGCACAAUACCUGCCAAGGCCAGGAAAGGGGAGGAGCUGAGGGACUAAGCUGUCUUAGACUCCUCCCCCCUGUAAAGAGGUGUGGCCAAUCUCUAUAUGGACAGACACUCCCAGGAUGCACAACUAAACACAAAAUUAUCAACCUGCUACUGCUAAACACAACAUUACCAACCUGCUACAACUAAACACAACAUUAUCGCCCUGCUACAACUAAACACAACAUUAUCAACCUGUUACAACUAAACACAACAUUAUCAACCUGCUACAACUAAACACAGCAUUAUCAGCCUGCUACAACUAAACACAACAUUAUCGACCUGCUACAACUAAACACAACAUUAUCAACCUGCUACAACUAAACACAGCAUUAUCAGCCUGCUACAACUAAACACAACAUUAUCAUCCUGCUACAACUAAACACAACAUUAUCGACCUGAUACAACUAAACACAGCAUCUUCGACCUGCUACAACUAAACACAACAUC